AUGAACAAAUCUAAUCAAUUUAUAUCUGCAAGUCAUGAUAAAUAGAUUAUUAUAUGGUCUAUCAAUCAUAAUAAUUAAUGGAUUAGCUCAUAAAAAUUGAAUGGACAUUCUGAUUGGAUUUUUUGUUUAGUAUUGAACAAAAAUGAAGAUCUUAUCAUAUCAGGAAGUGAUGAUAAGACAAUUAAAUUUUGGUAAAAGAAGUAGUAAUGGCUAUGUUCAUAAACUAUUACAGAUCAUACAGAUAUUGUAUGUGGAUUAAGUUUGAAUGAGUAAUAAAAUAAAUUGAUAUCUUGUGGAUAUGAUAAGUUUAUAUUAAUAAUAGAAUAGUCAUCAUAAGAUUAUAAAUGGAAUGUAAUAUAAAAGAUAACAGUUGAAUAGUAUGGUUAUCGAUUAUGCUUCAUUAAUGAUAAUGUAUUCACAUUUUAACCUUAUUCUAAAGAGUUGAUGCAUGUUUAUGAGAUGAGUAAUACUAAUAAAUAGUAUUCAAAAACAAAAGAUAUUCUUGUGAAAAGUGAUUAUAAUGGAUGUGAAGUAUACUUUCCUUAAUAAUAUAUAAAUUCAAAAUGUUUACUUGUUAAUAAGAAUGGUUAUAAUGUUAAUUUGAUAAGGAAAAACCAAAAUGAUGAUUUUAUAACAUUAUAAUCUAUUCAAUUUGGAACUAAUUUUCUAUUUGGAUAGAUGAGUGAAGAUGGAGAGUAUUUGAUUACUUGGGAUGAUAAAUCCAACGAAAUUUAAAUUAGAAAAUGUGAUUACGAGUGA